CAACAAGUCACAGUUAUUCUAGCAUUAAACGAGUAAACGAUUGUAUCGAGUUUUGAACGUGCACCAUGAAAUUCAUAUUCGCUAUGGUUCUAUCUUUCCUUAUGAUCCUGUCUUCAUCUGCGUUUCCAACACACGUGGAAGACCAAGUGCAAAAUCCCAGUUCCAUCCGAGCACAGAGGCAAGCCGCAGGUGGGAGUCACCACGAUGCAGUCGAUUUUGGAGCACAUACUGGAGACCAUGGAGCAUUUGGUUGGUACGCUGACUUCCCAGUACACGCUUAUUAAUAGAUAAUUUAGAGUUGAAAACCCUUUCACUGCGCAUGACACUGAUCCGUGCCGGCUGAGUGAUCAAACACUGCAAGUGACACAGAUCCGUGACACGUGCACAUUGAAACUUUCAUUGCCAGUAGAAAGUGAGCACUUGGGCAUAUCUUCCAAAAAAAAAUGUAGCAGUGAGAGGGUUAAGCUACCUACCAAAAAUAAAUGUUAAGAGAAACAAUUCAAGUAGUGUACAACUCGACAAAAAUAUCUGAAACCGCAAGGUCAGACUGAUCAGAAGUUUUGGUAAAGCGACGUUGUCAGAUCAAUCGGGUUUCAAAGGUUUUUCGGAUUUUUAUUUGUUACCUGUUUCACAGUAAAAUUUGUUUCUGUUUCCUCCUGCGUAAAUUUUAAAACAUUGUGUAUAAUUUCAUGGAAUCGUGCACUAUUUUUCACAGCACUUGUAAUGUACAUAUAUAUUUAAAAAAUAGUAAACGUAUUAUAAAUAAACAACAAUUCGACGAUUUGAUCUGGCAAUGUCGCAAAACCACUGACUUCGUGCACAAUGCAUUUUAAAUGGAUGUUUACUCUUUGCACCAACGCGUUCAACUGAAGUCCCUUCUCCUUGAUUUGCUACCUGAGUGACCUUUGAAGUUUCGGAUAUUUCUGUACAAUUGUUAUAGAACUUAAAAUUAAUAUUCUUCGUUAGAGAAGAUCUCUUUUCGUUAAAGAUAACAUUGAAACUGAUUUAUAAUUAAACGUAGAAUAAUAAAACUCAUUAUUGUUUAAAAAAAUUUCUUUACCUCUAAUGUUUUAACAUUGAAAUGGAAAGACAUAAAAAAAUGUAAUGCCGGUUAAGUGUUAAGUUUACGUAAGUUACAAACUCUUUACUACCUGUUCUUUAUCCUCUUCUUGUUUAAGUUCUCAGCUAUAGCUUUAUCACACUUUUUUCAAGUCGUUUCCUGGUUCUUUUUAUUACUUAUUAUUAUUAUUUAUUACUUAUUCUAUUAAGUUCUCAGCUAUAGCUUUAUAACACUUUUUUCAAAUCGUUUCCUGAAUCCUUUUUAUUACUACUAGCUUGUCAAACUUUCUUUUACUUACAUUACCUUUCAUUGUUAUUUAAGGCUCUAAACCUCUUUAGUUGAUACUUUCUUCUUCUUCCUCCUCAGAAUUUCUCUUUUUAUGGGUCGCUGUUCAUUAUUCUUCUUCGCCACUCAU